AUGAAAGUGUUACCUCAUAUGAAUGAUGAUUUACUACAGCCCUAUACAGAUGAUGAAAUUAAGCGUGCAUUAUUUCAAAUGCAUCCUUCUAAAAGCCCGGGGCCUGAUGGUAUGUCUCCUUUCUUCUAUCAAAAAUAUUGGCAUAUUGUUGGUUUUGAUGUUUGUGUUGCAAUUCGAAAUUUUUUGGAAAAAGGAGAUAUUUGGGCAGCUUCCAACUUCACUCAUCUUUGCCUUAUUCCGAAAGUCAAGAAUCCCACUGUUGCCUCUCAUUUUAGACCUAUCGCACUCUGUAAUGUUCUGUACAGAAUAAGUUCCAAGGUCAUUGCCAACAGGUUAAAGAAGUGGUUACCUGAGAUUAUUUCUCCCCUACAAAGUGCGUAUGUCCCAGGAAGAUUGAUAUCAGACAACACUUUGGUUGCAACUGAGGCUGCACACUUUAUGUAUAAACUACGGAGUCAAAAUGAAGGCUUCUUCUCUCUCAAGUUAGACAUCUCAAAAGCAUAUGACCGGCUAGAGUGGACCUUCUUGCGAACUAUGUUAACCAAGUUGGGUUUUGAUGUGAGGUGGAUCAAUAUAAUUAUGCAAUGUGUGGAGUCUGUUACCUAUGCCAUCCUGGUUAAUGGUGAACAAACUGAGAUAAUUACUCCGACUCGGGGAAUAAGGCAGGGUGAUCCACUCUCUCCAUACCUAUUCAUCUUAUGUGCUGAAGGGCUUUCAGCUCUUCUUUCUCAAGCAGUUGAUGCAGGUGCUAUUCACGCUUCGGGACAGAAGAUUAAUUUUCAGAAAAGUAGUGUGGUUUUUAGCAGAAAUGUGCCUAUUGCUAUGCAAAUUAGCAUGGCAACUAUUCUUGCAGUACAGAGAGUAGAAGAGCAUGAUAGAUACCUGGGUUUACCGCUGCGUGUAGGCAAAUCCAAGACCGAAAAGUUUCAGUACAUCAAAGAGAAGUUGACGAAGAAGCUGGUUAAUUGGAAGUCAAAGAUCCUAAGCAGUGCAGAAUUAGGAGAUGCCCCUUCUUACUCUUGGAGGAGUAUUCUUGCAGGGAGACCAGUGCUCAAAGCAGGGGUUAAAUGGAGAGUGGGGGAUGGCAUGAGCAUAAAUGUGUGGCAUGAUGAUUGGAUCCCUAACUAUCCACAGUACCAAAUUCAAAGACCUACAAAUUGCCAGGUUGGAAAAGUUGCUGAUUUAAUUGACUCCAAUGAGCGUUCUUGGAUCAUUGCCUCGGUGGCCAGGGAGCAUGUACUAGGUGAUGUGCUGGCUACUACAUCAAAUGGGGAUUCGUUUAAUGAACUUUGGAGAAGACUUUGGAAAGCUAAGGUGCCUGGGAAAGUCCAAAUAUGUGUUUUGAGGGCAUGUAACAACUUGUUACCUACAAGAGACCGGCUUCUUACAAAGGGCUAUGAGGGAGACUCAAGAUGCUUGUUGUGUAGGCAUCCAUUAGAAGACACUGCGCAUCUCUUUUGUCAGUGUCUGGUUGCUGUUGAAUUCUUCUCUACUCCUCCUUUUCAUCUUCAGAAUUCCUUUCUACCUAAUGUAGUUUUUAAGGAAUGGAUGUUAGAAAGAGCUUUACACUUGCAAGCUGAGGUGUUUGAGAGGCUUCUGAUAGAUGAGUUUAAAAAAGCUCAAGCAUCUUCCAAGAUUAACCGGUCACAGGGGAUAGAACGAUGGCAACCUGCACAGGGUUCUUUAGUUAAAAUAAAUGUGGAUGGUGCUUUUCUGCCAUCACUUAAUCAAAGAGGCCUUGGGGGCAUAGUUCGGGACUCUAAUGGUCAGUUUAUGGCGGCUUUAGCUCACUCUGUGCCACAUAUUUCUUCAGCCAAGCAAGCAGAAUUGCUAGCUAUAAGAGUAGGCCUGGAUCUUCUUAAACAAUUGCAUCUGGAUAGGGCUAUAGUUGAGACGGAUUGUCUUGCUGCAGUCCAAGAUAUUGCAUACAAGGAUGCUGCACUCACCGAGUUUGGUAGCAUUAUAGAUGAUAUUCUAAUGCUAUUACAUAGCAUGCCGGAGGUGCAAAUCAAGUAUGCUCCUCGAAGUUGUAACAAAGUGGCUCAUCGUCUUGCUAGUAUUGGUUUUGAAUCACAUCAGAAUGAGACUUGGCUCACUCAUUCUCCUAGUUACAUUGCUGAUGUACUACUCUAUGCACUACUAGAAUUAUGCUCAUAG